UUAAAAUGCCCAUAACAAGAUUUGAACCUGGGUUGUUUGACAAAGCUAAGACAAGUAAUUACCGCUACACUAAGAGAAAUUUAUUGCAAAAUAUGGCCGAAAAUAAUUGAUAAAAAAAAGGUUGGAAGCAAGUGCUUCUUUUGUUUCUACCAAGGGCCGGCUCUGUAUCUGGUUGCCGACGUGGGACGAAGAGAGUUAUGUCGUGAAGUUUGUUUAGGUUGAGAUCUCAACAUCAUAAUGCUUAUAAAAAGAUUCUGUUGGUAACUUAAGUAGUGGAGUAGAAGAUAUUAUUUAAUCCGACUUUCAUUUCCUUUUCAUCUCCACUUCGAUGUCCCUUUUUCUCCAAACUCCACCACCCCAAGACAAAAAAUAAUGAUAACAUAUUAUUUAUAUAAGACUUUUCUUCGAAAUUAAUUAUUGUAUAUAUUUUCUUCAAGUAUGCUGUUAUAUUCACAAUUCAUCAUAUAUACCAAACAGUUAGCUCCAUGCUAGUGAAAGUUUCUAGUCUCAAUAAACCAGUAAACCAGAGUUGGAAUACAUGCAAACUGAAUUGAAUUUGAUGAGUUAGAGUUAUAUUAAAUACAGUGUAACGAUACACGAUUGAAUUAUUUGAAUUUUGUAGUUUAUACACAAAAACAUAUCAUCAUAUACGGUAUAUAGUCACACAUGAUAUAACAAGAAAUUAGACCAAUAAAACAUAACUAUACCUUCUCGGCUUCUCUAUUCAUUUUAAUUCGUAAAUUAACUAACAUAACAAGUUUUCCAUAUUUAUAACAACCAUUCGUGUGUUUAAUGAAGCUUUUUGAAAAUGAAAAAUUAGUGCGUAAAGGGAGUAGAGACAACCACUAAAUUAAAUGAUGAUCGUCAACAUCAGAACCAUUUGUAAACAAUUCCCUAUGCAACUAAAUAAAUAUACAAACAAAAUAACCUACUAAAAAUGGAGAUUAUAAGACGGAGUUUGCGCUGUAUUAUUUCUUAUAUAAACAAUCUCUCAUCUUCUAUAUGAUCAGAUCGCUUUCAAAACUUCUACGGUAACGCGACGUUUUCUAUUUUUUCGAUUGUUUUAUUUUUCUAGGCAACCGUAUCUUUAUCUCCGAUCUUUCUGCUUCUUUCUUAAUUUCAGAUACGAUGAACGCAGAUUAAGAGUUUAUGGUUGAGAAGAGAAGAAAAAAUAUGGAUUCCGCAAGAAGUUGGUUUCACAAGUUUCAACCUCGAGACAAGCCUCGUAAAAAAGAUAUGUUCUCCGGUAGCACUUACGGCGGUGGAACAGAAACCACGGUCCCCGGUGGAGGAAAUGAAACUGAGACGGCGGGGAAACUUCCUCCUCUAGGUGGAGAAGGAGAAGCACUCUCCAGUACAACCAAACAGAAAGUUGCGGCAGCCAAGCAGUACAUUGAGAAUCAUUAUAAGGAACAGAUGAAGAACCUCAACGAGAGGAAAGAGAGACGAACAACGCUUGAGAAGAAACUAGCAGAUGCAGAUGCAUCUGAAGAAGAUCAAAACAAUCUUUUAAAGUUUCUUGAGAAGAAAGAAACAGAGUACAUGAGACUCCAAAGGCAUAAGAUGGGUGCUGAUGAUUUCGAACUCUUGACUAUGAUCGGUAAAGGAGCUUUUGGGGAGGUUCGAGUUUGUAGAGAGAAGAACACUGGUCAUGUUUUUGCUAUGAAAAAACUCAAGAAGUCAGAAAUGCUACGUCGAGGCCAGGUGGAGCAUGUAAGAUCAGAGAGGAAUCUAUUAGCAGAAGUAGAUAGUAACUGUAUAGUGAAACUAUACUGUUCUUUUCAAGACGAUGACUAUCUUUACCUGAUAAUGGAGUAUUUACCUGGCGGCGAUAUGAUGACUCUUCUGAUGAGGAAAGACACUUUAAGUGAAGAUGAAGCUAGAUUCUAUGCGGCUGAAGCUGUUCUAGCUAUUGAAUCUAUCCAUAAACGCAACUAUAUCCACAGGGACAUAAAGCCGGAUAAUCUGUUGCUUGAUAGAAUUGGACAUCUGAGGUUGUCUGAUUUUGGACUAUGUAAGCCGUUGGAUUGUAGUGUCAUUGAAGGUGAAGAUUUCUCCGGAGGAGGCUUAGAGAGAGAAGAGAUCACACCAACAGCUCCUAAACGCUCGCAGCAGGAGCAGUUGCAACAUUGGCAAAAGAAUAGAAGAAUGCUUGCUUACUCAACCGUUGGUACACCAGACUACAUUGCACCUGAAGUCUUGUUAAAGAAAGGGUACGGCAUGGAAUGUGACUGGUGGUCACUAGGAGCCAUAAUGUACGAGAUGCUUGUUGGAUAUCCACCGUUUUACGCCGACGACCCAAUGUCAACUUGUAGAAAGAUAGUGAAUUGGAAAACACAUUUGAAGUUCCCUGACGAAGCAAGGCUAUCACGAGAGGCUAAAGAUCUCGUUGGUAAGCUUUUGUGUAACGUUAACCAACGACUCGGUGCCUCUCAAAUUAAGGCACAUCCAUGGUUCGAAGGUGUUGAAUGGGAAAAGAUUUACCAAAUGGAAGCUGCUUAUAUCCCUGAGGUCAACGAUGAUUUGGAUACUCAAAACUUUGAGAAGUUUGAUGAGGAAGAUCAUCAAACUCUGACACCCUCCUCUAGAACAGGACCAUGGAGAAAAAUGUUAUCUUCAAAAGACAUAAACUUUGUUGGCUACACAUACAAAAACUUCGAAAUCGUCAACGACUAUCAAGUCCCUGGGAUAGCGGAACUGAAGAAGAAAGAGACAAAAGCAAAGAGGCCAUCGGUUAGGUCACUAUUCGAGAGCGAAUCAUCAGAGUCGUCAUCGGACACGUCACAAACGGUGGCUGGUACGGAGAAACAUACAAUCAACCGUUGUUUCUCGAAUCCGACAUCUCGUGAAAUUGAACGGAAGCUGAGACGUCAAGAGUCCAAGUAGAUUAUCUAUCUAUUCUACAUAUGUGCCAAACUAAACCUGAACUAUUGAAUUUAAAGUUACAGUAAACCGAAAUUAGUCCAAAGAAGAUUAUCUAUAUACAAUCUGGAGAUUCUUCUGAAUAACUAUUCUCACUUUCUCUUUCUUUUCACUCUAUUUUUCUUAUAUUAGCCCUAAUUUGUAAGAUGGAAUACAUUCUGUAAUAUUUAAUUAAUCUAAUUAUAUAACCGGUUGUUUAGUUAGCUAA